AUGCGCUUCAGGGAAAAACAUAGAUCCAAGUUUGGUAGAGGUUAUGUGGGGGUAGACCUAGUUCACAUUGCUCGAGAAAGAUCGGAUUCUUGCAACAUUUCUAUCCUCCAUGGGUACAGGGUUGGGUUAUUUUUGGAACGUGGGAAAGCACAGGCCAGAAAGAAAAAGGGUCAACAGUUGAAAGGGAGGGCGUUUAAGAGGAUUAUGACGUGA